AUGGAUGAAACUGUCAAACCUUUAAGGAUUCCUCCUGAAAUGGCUAUUUAUGCGGAGAAACAUGAAAUAUUCGACUUGCUCCAGUAUUUAAUAAGAAACCUGCUAGUGGAUAAGCCAGAGGAUCCUAUCCGGUAUCUGAUUGGGCUACUGAAAAGAGACAAUACAGAGGUUCCCAGAGUUAUGUUACUUGGUCCGCCGGCAUCAGGAAAAACAACUAUUGCUAAAAUGUUGUGUGAAAGCACGCAAGCUGUCCACCUCACUGCCAGCAGUAUCCUUAUGGAUAGCGCUGACCUGGCUAUUGAAGAGUACACAGAGCAAAGUCAGCAGGUCCCACGAGAGCUUUGGGUCAAGAUGAUUCAGCAACGGCUGUCAAAAGUGGACUGCGUGAGAAGGGGUUGGAUUCUGGAGGGUAUCCCGAUCUCGCGGGAGGAGGCUCUGAGUCUCCAGGAGGCUGGAAUUGCUCCAGAGCAUGUGGUGAUGCUGGAAGCCCCGGACGCUGUCCUGAUGGAAAGGAGCCUUGGAAAGAAGAUAGACCCCGUCACUGGAGACGUGUACCAUGUUACUUUCAUAAGGCCUGAGAACAUUGAGGUAACAAGGCGUCUAGAGGGCCCCGUGCCUCCCCCGACGGAAGAGCUUGUCGCCAGGUCGUUGGUGGAGUACCACAGGGAGUCACACGCUUUGGAACGGACCUACCAGAACUGUGUCAAGGUCAUCGAUGCCGACCAGCCGCACGUAGAUGUUUUCGCUCAAGCGCUGAGGUUCGUUCUCUCCAGACACCGUUCUGCAGCCCCCCACACUCCCAGAAUCCUUCUCUUCGGACCCCCUGGAUCGGGGAAGAGUCUUCAAGCCAGACUUCUCGCACAGAAAUACAAAAUAAUAAAUAUUUGCUGUGGGAAGCUGCUGAAAGCUGUGGCAGCAGAUGAGAGCAGUAUGGGCCAACUCAUUAAACCUUAUCUGGAGUCUGGAGAGCAAGUUCCGGACAGUAUGGUACAGCAGAUCCUGACAGGGCGACUGAGCCAGCUGGACUGCACCACUCACGGCUGGAUACUGCACGGAUACCCCAGAGACACGGAGCAGGCGGAGAGACUGCACGAGUCCAACUUCAUCCCAAGCAGGGUGUUCUUCCUGGAGAUGACAGAUGAUACGGCCAUUGAACGGUUAACGCUGAGAUCAGUCGACCCAGUUACAGGAGACAGGUACCACUCUCUCUACAAAGCCGCCCCCAGUCCAGAGGUGCGGGCCAGGCUGCGGACUGACCCAAAGGACUCAGAGACUGCGGUCCUACGCAGGCUGAGGGAGUACGGAAGCCGUGUGUCUGGCCUGCAGGCCUUUUACCCAGACGCCGUCCACCUCAACGCCGACCAGGAUCCUCACACAGUGUUUGAGGCGCUGGAGAGUCGCCUGGUGGGACGACUCCCCAAACAGCUGCCAAACUGA